AUGGGCUUGACCGAAGCACCCCUGAAAUCGCUUGUUAAGCCCGAAGGUGUGAUUGUUAGCGGAUUUGUCUUUUAUGGUCGCAAAAGUAGGGUAUCAAGCAUGCGAUGCUAUUUAGAGCGAAACUUGGUCGAUAAUGGAGGUUGGCUCGACGAAGUCCUCUGGAUUGCCAACACCCAAAACGAGGGAGAUCUUCAUUACCUCGACGAAAUAAUCGCCAGUAACCCAACGAGAUAUAAGAAGAUUAUCCCCGAAAAACCCUUAUCGACAUACACAUAUUAUAAGGCUUGGCAGCUCUUGGAGCGUGGCAAGUAUUAUGUGAAGAUUGACGACGAUAUUCUCUGGAUUGAUGAUAAUGCUAUCCCUAACCUUGUAGCCCGAAAAGUCGGCCAUCCAGAAGACUUCGUUGUCUCUGGUAAUAUCAUCAACAAUCCUCCAUUAGGCUUCAUGCACUUCAGAUUUGGUGCACUGCACCCAUACUUCCCCGAGCCCGAACAGCCAAGUUACGUUACAAACGGCGCCGACUAUUGGAAACCCUCCCGGCAUGGAUUCUGGGAUGGCCCGAAAAAUUUCACCUUGGACAUUGAGAAGCCUCCACCAGCGUGGCCGCAACACAGAUGGCUGAGAGUGCAAGACGAUACAAUGAUGCAUUAUUCAUUACUCGAGAAUAUUGAGAAUAAUGCGUUAGAUCUAUACAAGUUCGAAAAGCCGUGGACCAUGUACGGAGACCGCAUCAGGAUUAAUUUCAUGUGCAUCUAUGCCGACGACAUCCUGGAUACCGAUCCCAAGCACUGGCCUAAGGGUCGAGGCGAUGAGGAUAUGAUU